AUGGAGUCAAAUGACCCCUCUCUUUUCCCCCUGGAAACCUGCCCUCCAGUCACUGAAGAACAAUUCAACAUCUUUCACUCCGGCGACCGGAGACUGUAUUCCGGGUUGGUCAUUGAUCUCCGUAGAGACCCUGUUGAGUCUAUGCAAGUUAUGGCCUUUUGGAUGUGGCUCGAAAAAGAGGGAAAUGACAAGAAAUUGGUCGAUAGAAUGUUGUCUUUGCCUCUUGUGUUGUUGAAUGAAUUGGCUGAUGAAACAGUUUUGUGUUUGAAAUGUGUUAGAAACGACAGAUAUCCAUUUCUAGACGGGCACGAACAGAUUAGUUUGCUUCCUGAUAUCGUGAGUAGCAGGAUUAGCCUCCGGUAUUUUCAUGAAAACAGAAUUAGAGUGUUGCGCUGUGUUACACAGAUGAUGAUUUCCGUAUGUGGCCGUGCUUUUAUGGACAUUGUUCAGCGUGCUAUGCAACGAAAUGCCACUGUGCAUGCACCACAAGAGGCUGAACCUGCCGCUGGUGUUGGUGGUGGACGUAGCCAUCUUGGUGGGAGAAUGCUGUUUGGCGGUGGAAGUAUUCAUGACGUUGGAGAAUCAAGCAGGGCUGUAGAAAACAGAAAUGAGGGUAUACUAGAAAAUCCUAUGACGCCUAUUUUCUACAAUCCUUUCAUGGAUGUACCAUUUGGAAUCCCUACUGUGCCGACAGUUCCCGGCGACAACCGCCCUCUGCCUCCCGUUGGAUUCCCUAUUCACGGGGCAGGAGAGUUGCCCUUGCCCACCUAUGAUUUUGUGUUACAGCGCGAAAUUUUAAGCAAUGAACUUGGCGAAAUGUUGAGCCGAAACCUUACUUUUUCAGGGGAUCAAGAACAAGAAAUCCCACCUGAUGAUCGAACAAUUUUCUUGACAUUUUCCAAGGGUUACCCUAUAUCAGAAGAUGAAGUCAGAGACUUUUUCACAAGGAGAUUUGGAGAUUUCAUUGAAGACAUUUUCAUGCAAGAAGUGGAUGCUGGAGAGCAACCACUAUUUGCACGGCUCGUGGUCCGGUCCAGUUCGAUAAUUAACAGCAUAGCUGGUGGAAGCAAAGCAAAGUACACCAUAAAUGGGAAGCAUGUUUGGGCAAGAAAAUAUGUGAAAAAACAGCAUCAGCAGCAGCAGCCAACAAGGGCUUAUUAUACCAGGCAACCCUAA